AUGGUGAGUACACCACUAUGGGAAACGCAUCGACACCCGCACAUCAUCGCCAUCCAACGCUGCUGCUACGUCGAAAAUAUCGCCCGCUCGGCCGCACACACUAUAUCGACAUCUUCAGCUAUCCACACGCAUGCUACACAUCAGCAGAUCCAUAGUCCACGAGGCCAGUUGAAAGGUGGAAACGAAGACGGAGAGCAGUGGAAAGAAUCCAGCUUCAAAGAGGCCGUCAGCACGCUCGAUGCGUUCCAGCUAUUGCCACAUAUCUGCCAGCACGGCUCGAUAAAGAUUCUGCAGAUGAUGGCCACAUCGGUGAAGCACAUUAGCACCGCAGCCGGACCUCCUACAUGCGUUCCCUCGAGCGACGAAGCGGACUCCACUUCUCCCGUCACCCUCCGAACCCGCAAGUUCAUCACGAACCGUCUGCUCCAGAGGAAGCAGAUGGUUCUCGAUGUCAUCCACCCUGCCCGCCCCAACGUCUCCAAGGCUGAGCUCUCGGAGAAGCUCUCGGAGAUGUACAAGACCCCCAAGGAGCAGUGCGUCGUCUUCGGCAUGCGCACCGCCUUCGGUGGCGGACGCUCCACCGGCUUCGCCCUCGUCUACGACUCGCGCGACUCGAUGAAGUUCGAGCCCAAGCACCGCCUCGUCCGCGUCGGCCUUGCCGAGAAGACCGAGAAGGCCUCGCGCAAGCUCCGCAAGGAGCGCAAGAACCGUGCCAAGAAGGUCCGUGGUACCAAGAAGACCAAGGCCGGCGAUGCCAAGAAGAAGUAA